CCGAAAAUAGAAUUUUCCGUAUAGGGUUAAUUACCGGCCCAUCCCAAAAUUAAUUCCCAGCGUCUCCUUUGCGAACGGUCGGAAGUGCGAAGACGGAUGAACGAAGGUCGAAGAACGAAGAGUGAAGACGGAGCUUCCGACGAACAAGCUGUGAGCUGCGAGCCUGCGACGAAGAAACUGUGAGCUGCGAGCCUGCGAAAUACGCGAACACCAGGCCACCAUCCGCUCCGCCUGCCGCCGUCCACGGCCCUGCACAGGCCGUCCUUCCUCUCCGGACUCCGGCUCUCACCUCUCCGAUUCCGGCUCUGCCAAUCUUCCUGCGGCUCUGCCUCCAGCAGCCGGCUCCACGCCUCCACUGCUCCAGCCUCCAGGAGUCCAGACUGAAGCAUUAACAGAGCAGUGAAAGACGCCGGUUGAAGCAGCUAGCCAAUAAGUUCACGCAGGUGUGGACACUGGAAAGGGGUUGCUGGCUCGCCGAGAGUUUUGUAGCUGAGAUAUCACAUGAAGAACGAGUAGAUGCAGGAUGGAUAACAAAAACGUCGUCGUCUGCGACAAUGGCACAGGGUAUGUCAAAUGUGGCUUUGCAAAUGAGAAUUUCCCCACGUCUGUUUUCCCUUGCGUGGUGGGGAGGCCAAUGUUGCGAUAUGAAGAAUCCCUUAUGGAACAAGACAUCAAGCUACUGUUAUAGGAUAUUGCUGUUGGAGAUGCAUGUUUAAAGUUGCGGCACCAAUUAGAUAUAUCUUAUCCUGUCAACAAUGGGAUUGUGCAAAACUGGGAUGAUAUGGAACAUGUCUGGGACCAUGCAUUUUUCAAUGAGCUGAAGGUCGAUCCAACAGAAUGCAAAAUUUUGCUCACAGAUCCACCUCUCAAUCCAUCAAAGAACCGUGAAAAGAUGGUAGAAACAAUGUUUGAGAAAUACAACUUUGGGGGUGUCUUCAUUCAGAUUCAAGCUGUCCUAACAUUAUAUGCCCAAGGUUUACUAACCGGAUUAGUCAUAGAUUCUGGUGACGGUGUUACUCAUGUGGUUCCAGUUGUAGAUGGUUACUCAUUUCCUCACCUCACAAAAAGAAUGAAUGUAGCUGGACGUCAUAUAACUUCUUAUCUAGUUGAUUUGCUGUUCCGCAGAGGGUAUGCAAUGAGUAGAAGCGCUGAUUUUGAGACUGUCAGGGAUAUAAAAGAAAAGCUUUGCUACAUUAGUUAUGAUUAUAAACGAGAAUAUCAAUUGGGCCUUGAGACCACUAUCCUUGUUAAGAAUUAUACACUUCCAGAUGGGAGGGUAAUCAAAGUAGGCACUGAGAGGUUUCAAGCACCUGAAGCUCUGUUUACCCCGGAUCUCAUUGAUGUUGAAGGUGAUGGAAUGGCUGACAUGGUAUUUCGUUGCAUCCAGGAAAUGGAUAUUGAUAAUAGAAUGAUGCUUUACCAACAUAUAGUGCUAAGUGGAGGGAGUACCAUGUAUCCUGGCUUACCUAGUCGCUUAGAGAAGGAGAUUUUAGAUCGCUAUCUUGAAGUGGUUUUGAAAGGAAACAAGGAUGGAUUAAAGAAACUGCGAUUAAGGGUAGAAGAUCCACCAAGAAGAAAACACAUGGUGUAUCUUGGAGGUGCAGUUCUAGCAGGAAUUAUGAAGGAUGCACCUGAGUUUUGGAUCAAUAGACAAGACUAUUUGGAGGAAGGAGUUGGCUGCUUAAGCAAGUGCGGGCAGGCAUGAUGAUGGUUUUUAUUUAUAUAUCUUGGGUUCCACACAAAUCACUUUGUUUCAAGCAAUGUUAAAAUCUGGAUGCUAAAAGUGGUUAAGGAUUUAAUUUGUGGUUAAGUGACAGUGUGGCAGGUGGCUUGCUUAGGGAGAGACACUUUUUAUUACAUAUACUAUUAUUAUUACAACUCAGUGACAUUACCAUAUUUAUUUUGGUACCUCCUCCCAGCGAGAACUAACAAACAUACUUCACAUUACUUUAAUGUUAUUGCUAGUUCAAUUGAUUGGUGUAUUCCUUGUGUUGGUUC